UUGAGUCCGAGGAUGGCCGCCUCUGUGGGUGUAAAUAAACAGACGAGCGCCGCAUCGAUGGAGCCGUGUGUUAGACAUGGCCGGGCCACCGGCAGUAAUGCGGUAAAGGUGUUGGAGUGCGGUGUGUGUGAAGAUGUGUUUUCACUACAAGGUGAUAAAGUACCGCGGCUGCUGCUGUGCGGACACACCGUGUGUCAUGACUGUUUGACCCGACUGCCUCUUCAUGGAAGGGCGGUGCGUUGCCCGUUUGACAGACAGGUCACUGAGCUGGGUGAUUCGGGUGUUUGGGGUUUAAAAAAGAACUUUGCUCUGCUGGAGUUGCUUGAACGGCUACAGAAUGGUGCCACUAAUCAGUCGGGCAUGUCGGAGGACGCCCUGCGAGACAUGGGAGAGUGCAUAAUCCGCUGUGAUGAAGAUGAGAGUCAUACCGCCUCCAUGUACUGCACUGUGUGUGCUACGCACCUGUGUGCCGAGUGCUCUCAGCUCACCCACUCCACCCGUACGCUGGCCAAACACCGUCGUGUACCCCUGGCAGACAAGCCUCAUGAGAAAAUGCUCUGCCCACAGCACCAGGUGCAUGCCAUUGAGUUUGUCUGCCUGGAAGAUGGAUGCCAGCCAGGGCCGCUCAUGUGCUGCGUGUGCAAGGAGUAUGGAAAACAUCAAGGGCACAAGCAUGCCGUUCUAGAGGCCGAAGCCAACCAGAUCCGAGCCUCCAUCCUGGACAUGGCACACUGCAUCCGUACGUUCACAGAGGAAGUCUCUGACUACUCCAGGAAGCUGGUGGGCAUUGUGCAGCAUAUUGAAGGAGGAGAGCAGAUUGUGGAAGACAGCAUGGGCAUGUCACAUACUGAACAUGUGCCAGGAACGGCGGAAAGUGCCCGAUCCUGUGUCCGUGCUUACUUUGCCGAUCUGCACGAGACUCUGUGCCGUCAGGAGGAAAUGGCUCUAAGUGUUGUGGACGCUCAUGUUCGCGAGAGGCUAAUCUGGCUUCGACAACAGCAGGAGGACAUGACCAUCUUACUAUCGCAGGUGUCUACAGCCUGUCUGCACUGUGAGAGGACACUGCAACAGGAUGAUUGCAGGGUGGUUUUGGCAAAGCAGGAGAUCAACAGGCUACUAGAGACACUACAGAAACAACAGCAGCAGUUUACAGAACUAGCCGAUCACAUUCAACUGGAUGCAGGCAUCCCUGUUACUUUUACAAAGGAUAACCGUGUACACAUUGGCCCAAAGAUGGAGAUCCGGGUUGUCACUCUGGGCUUAGAUGGGGCUGGCAAAACAACCAUUCUCUUCAAACUGAAGCAAGAUGAGUUUAUGCAGCCCAUACCGACCAUAGGUUUCAAUGUAGAAACCGUUGAAUACAAAAAUCUGAAGUUCACCAUUUGGGAUGUGGGUGGCAAGCAUAAACUCCGGCCGCUGUGGAAACACUACUAUCUCAACACACAAGCGGUGGUGUUUGUGAUUGACAGCUGUCAUAGAGAUCGGCUGAUGGAGUCUCACAGUGAGCUAGCCAAGCUGCUAACAGAGAAAGAGCUCAGGGAUGCUCUGCUGCUCAUCUUUGCUAACAAACAGGACGUCCCCGGUGCCGUGUCCGUAGAGGAGAUGACUGAACUCCUGAGCUUGCACAAACUGUGCUGCGGCCGCAGCUGGCACAUCCAAGGCUGCGACGCCCGCAGCGGCAUGGGUCUGCACGAGGGGCUGGACUGGCUCUCACGCCAGCUGGUGGCCGCUGGGGUCUUGGAUGUGGCCUGAGGGGACCCUCAAAAGACUUGAAAAUGACUUCAACCCCGAAUCCGAGCCUGUCCGUGUCAUUUGCACAUCGCUCGCAUUAACCUUCAUCAUCACACUCUACCAUCAUUCACUAGUAGACUUACUGCAGUGUGCGCUUAAUGGUGUGUUCAAAAACUGGUCAUAUAAGACAUUUCAAAGAAAUAUUCUGGGUUAGAUGUGAGUAAAUCUGUCACAGAAAAUAGUUUUGCUCUUUUUUUUGGAUGAGUCGGAUUAUUUUCUGUUGUAAUGGACAGUUUGGCACCGUAGCUUUCGAUAGAUCAGCACACGUUUAGUUAACAUGAGUAAACUUAUUGUCCCUCACGUCAAAAUGUAGAAGUUUAAUAUUUGGUCAACGCUAUUAUUAUUAUUUUCAAGGUCAAUUAUUUGUUUUUGUUAGGUAGUUAGUAAUAGGGUACACUUAAUGGUGUUUCGAACGUGUAUAGAGGCAAAUGUCUGGAAAAUGAAAUGCCUAGAGGGAUAGCUCAGCCAAUAAUGUAAAUCUUGUCAUUAUUUACUCAUGCUCAUGUUGUCCUAAACCUGUAUGAGUUUCUUUAUUCUGUUGAACUCAAAAGAUAUUUUAAUAAAUUACGGUGAGCACACAGUUGAUGGUACUUUCGUAAUGUUUGUUUUCCUACUAGAACUCAGUAGGUAUCGUCAACUAUUGCGUGCGUACCGUAAUUUAUUCAAAUAUCUCCGUGUUCAACAGAAUAUUGAAACUGACACUGGUUCCAGGGUAAGUUAAUAAUGACGAAUUUUCAUUUUAGUAUGAACUAUUCAUUUGUCAUAAAAUGUCACAAUAUAAAAAUAUGAAUAGUUUUGCUUUUGGGGUAAACGAGUCCCCCCAAUCCAUUUUUUAUUUCUAUCGUGAAUAGUUUUGACUGUAAAUAUUUAUUUAAAUGUAUCUAGUGGUCUUAAAACUAAUGCAUGGGCGCAGGUGUAUUUUCACCAUGUUUGGAGAGAUGGAUGUGGGUUACUGAUUAUUUAUAUUUUUUAGGAGGAUUGUAGUUCUCAUUUUGUCUCAUCUUCAGCUGUGACGUACAUAAACACAAACUUAUUCGUCCUAUCCGCACACUGCUUAUUAAUAUACGGCUGAGGACAUCAUACGUCCUCUCGAAACAAGUAUUUCAAUGCUGUUGUUAUUGUACACAUUUAAAGGAACAGUAUGUAGGAUUGUGGCCAAAACUGGUAUUGCAAUCACAAAACGUGUGGCUAAAACUGGUACUGCAAUCACACAGCUGGUGGCCAAUGCACAACAUGACAACAUAAACAUCAGUUGAGGGCUGCAACUCCACUUUUUAAAUGAUAAUAUCCUGGCUAGACCAAUGUUGUCAGUGAUAUAAGUAUUUGAAAUGAAAAUUAUUUCUUAUUGUCUAGUGACAUUUCAGGGCCAUUUAAUGAUUACUUUAUAUACAUUUCUUACAUACUGUUCCUUUAAGGUUGGCUGUAUGUAAUGCUAUAUUAUAAAUGAUCGGUAUUCAUUUUUCAAACCCAUCCUUUAAAAAUAAGAUGAUUUGCCAGUCUUUCGGUUGGUUUGACCACAAGAUGAUCAUCCUAAACCAGUAAAGACCAGCAAUGCGUUCUUUCAGCAGAGAUGCAUCGCUCCUCAUUGCUAUGUAAUGUUGACUAACUGUACUUAAGUGAAGCUUAUCCUCUUCUCUCUCUCUCGAUGGAGGUCAUGAAAGACUCUUCUGUGUUCUUAAUUAAUGUGAGUUUUGGAAACCUUUCGAGAAGCACACCCACACAUUUGUUAUUGAUUUGAUGAUGGCUUUUUGUAUAACCGUUAAUAAUGUGACGCUAUUAAAACACAACAGAAAACCCUGGCUUUUAUUCAAUGGUGCAGCGCUAACAAAAAGGAGAGAAUUUU